UCGUUAGUCAGUGUCUCUCGCCCACAGCACAGCAGAUGGUCUCUCUCUCUCUGAGGAUCUCUUUCUGUUUCCACAACGAUGUGAAGACACACACACGCACGCACACAAUCAGGAAAAAGUUUGAUUUGGAUCUGUUUCAUCAUUUGAAGACAACGAGGAUGAUGCUGAACGACAGCUGGACCAUCAUGAACAACAGCAGCUCCGAGCUCGACAGCAAACGACCAAACAAACACAAGAAAUGCUGCAGUUUCCUGUUGUGGUCCGCCAUUGUGGUGGUCAUCAUCGUAACUGUCAUCACAGCGACAGUCACCAUUCUGUACCUGAACCAGUAUCCUCUUCCCUUCAUCAGCAGUAACAGGGGAAGAGUCUCCUCCUCCUCACCUGUGAUCUCAACCAAUCCCAAAGAGUCUGGCGCCCUAGUGUCGGUGUCACGUGUCUCAGAUGGUGAGCCAAUCAGCAUCUUCCUGGACCCGAACUGUCCAGACUACAGCGACAACUUCCUGCGUUGGGAGGCGCUGCAGAGCUCCCUGCUGCGAGCGCUAUCCAAUCACAAUACUGACAGCUGGCAGGAGACUGGAGUAGUCCAGAAGCUGGGGGAGGAGCUGAAGGUGUUGUUAGGCCACACCCACAACCUGAGGAUCGACACUGAUUCACUGAAAAGAGGUCAAGGUGUUCUGGACCAAAGACUGGACGGACUGCAGAGUGAGCAGAGCCGCAUCAUCCAGGUGUUGUCUGACAGUCACUCAGGUGUGUUGAAGUUGGCUGCAGGUUUCAGUGAUUCUCUACUCAGCCUGCAGACGGAGACAGAGAGUCUGAGGAGACUCAACAGUGAGCUGCAGACAGACAGCAAGUACAAAGCAGUCAGACCCAGAGACUGUAGUGAUGUCAUGGCAGCUGGCGCUUCUCAGGAUGGAGUUUAUUCCGUCUUCCCGACUCACGACCCCGACGGCUUCAUGGUUUACUGUGACAUGACCACUGAGGGAGGAGGCUGGACAGUGAUCCAGAGGAGGGAGGAUGGCACGGUGAACUUUUUCCGAGGUUGGGAUGCGUACAGAGAUGGCUUCGGAAAAACUACAGGAGAGCACUGGCUAGGUCUCCAGAGGAUCUAUUCUCUGACCCGGUCCGGUGGUUAUGAGUUGAGGAUCGACAUGGCUGACUUCGAUAAUGCCACAGCAUUCGCCCGUUACUCCGACUUCUCUGUUGGUCGAGACUCUGUGAACCCAGAGGAAGACGGAUACCCGCUGACCGUGGACGGGUUCUCAGGGACGGCAGGUGACUCCCUCCUGAAGCACUCUGGGAUGCAGUUCACCACCAAAGACCGCGACCAGGACCAGUCCGAGAACAACUGUGCAGCAUACUACCAGGGGGCGUGGUGGUACCGCAACUGCCACACCUCCAACCUGAAUGGGCAGUACCUGAGAGGAGGCCACGCCUCCUACGCAGAUGGUGUGGAGUGGUCCAGCUGGACAGGCUGGCAGUACUCGCUGCGCUUCACCGAGAUGAAGAUACGACCGAGCACCAAACCAGACUCCUCAUCAUCCACAACCUGACCCCUGACCUCUGACUCCUGGCUUAUGACUUCUGACCUCAGACGUCUGACCACUGACCCCUGACUUCUGAUGUCUGACUCCUGAUGUCUGACUUCUGACCUCUGACUCCUGACUUCUGAUCGCUGACUUCUGAUGUCUGACCCCUGACCUCUGACUGCUGACCUCUGUUUUAUAAAAUGUGAGAAUUUGUUCAUAAAGAUUCAAAUCAAUGUGUUCUGAUCAAUAACUUUUCAUAUUGAUGAUGUCAGAGUUGAUGUAGAGCUGACUGAUUAAAGUGUU